ACCAAUAAUUAUAAAAAAUAUUCAUUAAAUUUCUAAAGAGAAAAUAAUUUUCUGUUUAAUUAAAUUUUAUUUGAUAAAAAUAUAACAUAAUAAGUCAAGUAAAUUUGCGGAAGUGCGCAUCAAAAAUCUGGCUGGUUGCCGGCUGGUCGCCAUAUUUGUGGCGAGCAAGUUCCUCGGAGUUUUCCUUAUAUUUUCGUCGUUAACGACGAAAGGGAGUAGAUUUUACUCCCUUUUUUGUGUUUCAAGUUUACGUUCGUGCAUUUACAGCUUGGUAAAGCUUGUUUGUAUAGUAAGAAAUUAAUUUUCUUUGUCUUGGAUCAUAAACAUGGCUUUCUAAAAUGUCGGCCCUGUACGUAAUCUCGUUAUCUCCCUGCGGAGUAUCCCGCUCAGUUGUAAUUGUGAAUGUUGGAGGAAUCCAGAAUGGACAAGAAAUCUUUGAACCGAUCAUCUCAACCACAGUCGAGGGCAUCAGCCAUCGACUGUAAAAAGAAUUCAGAAUUGACAAAUAAACCUUGGCCUCGGAACAAUAAAAAACGUGAAGGACCCAAUAAUGCUCCUAAAAAUGAAACUAACCGGAAGAAUGCACCAGCUCAACGUGGUCGGGGUCAAAUUGAUAGAAGACCACGAGCGAGAGGUACCUCUGGUUACGUUGUGGGUGGAACGCAGAACACCAGGAUAGAAGAGGACGAAGAGCCUGAAUUAGGCUCUGUGUUUGUGCCCGGAAGCAAGAAGCAAAACUUGAAUCAUUUGCUGAACUUCAUGUACCCCAGUCGAAGGGGACAGGAGAGCAGGGGAUCACAGCCACAACGAAGAGUUCACCAUGUGUCUUAUCAGCACGAUCAUGAUCUUUACCUUCGUGCUAACUGCCAGUUUGUUGUAAAAGAAGAAGGAGAUUAUAAAGCGAAUUUGUUGGAUCCCGAUGUGCCAGUUAAGUGGGAGCAAGUUGAGGAAAUUGUUGUUAGGAGUACCGGACGUUCGGAAUGCCCUAUAUGUUUGGGCCCGCCAGCUGCAGGACGUGUAGGACGUUGUGGUCACGUGUACUGCUGGGCUUGCGUGCUACAUUAUGCUGCAACUCAUGAGAAACAACCGCCGCCGUGUCCAGUGUGUACCACGCCGCUGCAAGUCAAGGAUAUGAAGCCGACAAGGAUGGUGCAGUGGGAGUCUCCCUCUGAGGAGGUGACAAUGCGUCUCGUGCGGCGUUUGCGCGGCUCCACAACUGUGGAGAUAGCGCCGCCGCGCGGGGCAAUGUGCGAUUCUACACCACAAGCUAUUUUGCCUCUGGAAAGCGUAAAAGAUGCACCUUAUUCCAAAUUCUUUACUGCUUCAAAGCAACAGGUGCAUGAAAUUCUAAAGAGAGAAAGGGGCGAGAUACAAAAUCAAAUCAUGGCGGAAAUUGAUACCACUGAGAUAGUUUUUCUAGAGCAGGCUUUGGACAUGCUAAAACUGAAAGAGGAUACACUUGAUACAAUAACUGACGAACCUGCUAAGGUUAAGACUAUACCAGUCGAGGCACCCCCUAUUGUUUACGAGAAACAAGAAAUAUCUGAGAAUAAGAUAGAUUGGUUCGAUGUAACAGAAGAUGGUGCUGCCUGUAUUGAUAUUGUUCAAGGGAAAAUGGAAGAACUUGACCUUGAUAAUACUCAGUCUGAUUUGAAUCCUGAUGAUACAUCUUCUUUUGAACAAAAUGAUGAUAUAUUGGAUGAGGUUCCAUUGAUGGAUCUAUCCACUUGUGAAAUGGAGGAGGUAGAUAAUGCCAGUACCAGAAUGGUCAAUGAUGUUGAUAAGGAAAACCAGGCUAAAUACUUUUAUUUCUAUCAAGCUGAAGAUGGGCAACAAAUAUUCCUGAACAGCCUAAAUGUCCGUGUUUUGAACGCGUCGUGGGGCGCGUUGGCUGCGGCUCCGCCUUUCAUACGCGGCCGCGUUGUACACCGCGAGACUCUAUCACUCAGUGAACAGACAAGGAAACAUAUGCCAUACACUGCCCACUUGCCUCUCCACUGCUCAUUUGACAUCGUGGAGUUGGAUUUGCAACCGCCUUAUGUUACUGCUGGCGCACUCAACAAUUUUGCUGAUGAAUUAGACCGUCGUGCCCGCGCCCGCGCUCGCCGCGAGCGUGACGAGCGUCGCCGCGAGCGAGCGUACCGCCGCGCCAUGGAGGGCCCGCCCAAACCAGACUUCUCAUCAGAGCUACUGUUCCCGGCGCCGGCGCAUGUCACGCCGUCUAAACACCCCCCGGUACUGGCUCCACUGGACGAUUCAACCACAUCCGCUGUUGCAAUGUCGCCGCCGUCGUCGGGCCCGUCUUUUGCUACUAUGGCAAGUACCAGCGGCACUUGGCGCGUUCGCAAGCCGGCACCAGCUCCUCCGCCGCCGCCCGACGCUGACGAAGUCUCCGCUCCGCGUUCUCUCAGCCUCAGCGACGCGAUCGAGGCAGCCCUACACGCCGCACCAUCGUCUGCUAACAAAAAGAAUAAAAAGACCAAACAGAAGGUGUUGUUUGCCACGGGCAUGCAACGCGCUGGAUAAUAAUACAAUUUUAUUUCGGACGAUACUCAGUGAAUAGCUGGCUGUGGAUUUUUUUCGCAUAUGUUAUUUAAUCACUGAGGAACUGGCUGUUUUAUUUUUCUUGUGGUGGCAAAUUAUUUGAGCAAGGGAAUGAUUUUUCGACUUUCGAACUUCGCGAUAGUUGCCCGCACGAAGGAGAUGUGGACUAGCUAUACGUUUCAUUUGUAGCGGGGCAUAUUGUGUGGUCCUAAAGUUCGUUCAGGCAAAAGCAGUACUGCGAAUCGUCGCUGUAACUUAUAUUUCUACAUAUUCACUUGCUUUUAUAUACAGUGUGCUGUGCAAGAUUUAAACAAUUUUACAAUCACUCGCAUUCUUUUCCCUUUGUAAUCGAGUUUGUCUUUUUAGACUACAAUUUCUUCAAGAGCUAUCCAGACCGCGUAUGGAUGUAUGUAAUAAAAAUGUUAAUGAAUGUUAUUGUAAAAAAAAAGAAAAUUGACUAUGGGCUUGUAUCAAAAUUGCUAAUGGUGGUAUGCCAUUCGUCACAUAUGUUUGUCCAAUUCAAUUGCCCAUUCAAAUUGUCUAAUAUUAUUUGUAAGUGAAAUGAUAUGUCAAUAAUCUUUGAUCAAAUAUGCCGAAUUUAAACAAAAUUAAAAAUAUGUUAUUGAUAAGAUAAAUAUAUCUGAUGCAUGAAAUACCAGAUUUAUUCUGAAGCACUCAUUAGUCAAAGAAAAAAAUACCAAGUUAUAUCGUCUGUGAGAUAAUUAAAAUAUUUUUUUAACAUUGUUUCAAAAAACAAACUGGUUGCAGCUAGAUUUACUUUACAAGAAUUGUUAUGGAUUGUUCUGUUAAAGCUUGUUAAUACUAAACUAAUAUGUGGUUAAGGUUUGUGUCAAAACAAAGUUAUAUUAUGUACAAACAAUAUGCAUAAUAAUAAAAAUGUGUAGAGUUUUAUCAGUCAGAUUUUUUUUUUGUAUUACACGUCUAUAAUAUUGACUAUGAGAAUACUGUCAGGGUUGCAUCAUUUUAGGUAUUAUUUUGCCACUGGGAGCUAGGAUUUUUUGGUUUUCAACAACCACUUUAGUUGGCAGUCCAUUCAUACGCAUAAGAAGUUAGGUCUCAUUGGGUAAUUAGUUUAUAAAAUUUUAUCGGUUAUAGCAAUCGCUUAUCAUAGCAACCCUGAUAAGGUAUUUUGAUUGUAUGUGUAUAAAAUUAUGUCCCAUAUUUAAAUAAUAAUCUAUGGAAAAUUUGAUUCAACAAAGUAGAUAAUUACGUAUAUUCACUGUCGAAAUAAAAUUGUAUUAAAAACUUU